CAACAAUGAAGUUCAUGUGGGCAUGUACGGACGAGAGAUUAGCAGAGAUUACUCGUAUAUUUGUUCAUAUCUCUUUCAAAACCUCCUGCUCUUUUGUGUUGCGAGUUUUGUGUUCAUAAGGUCCUGUUUGUUUACGAAUAAUUUUGAAGAAAACUGAUCUAACUGAGAACUUAUCGAAUAGUAGUAUUAUUACUAUACUUGACCGGUCGCUAACCUAUCCAUUAGGAUGUUUG